GAGAGAGUGUGUGUGUUUUGGUGUGUGCGUGCGUGUGUCGGUGUUUUUGUUGUGAAAGGAAGGAGAGUCGGCGGGAGUCAAGCGCAAGAGCCUGCUUGCUCGCUCAUUCUCUUUUCUUGUUUUUGCGGGUAUUUGACAGACCUUUUAAGUUUAUUUUUUUUGGAGGUUCUUUUCUUCUGUUUAUACUGUCUUACUACCCGUUACCCGAGUCACUGCAAAAGGAUAUUUUUUUAAAAUACACAUCUUGUCUCUUGUCAUCUCGAGCUUCCUUCACAACCGAUGAUCACAAAAGCCAUCGAUUACAUGCCAAUCACACAUUGACCAUGACAAUAUGGAGUACCAUCUACAUAUGGAAAUUUGGAAAGGUAACAUCACUACUGCACUGACUUGGGCCAAGGAACGAGAAGAGUUGAGUGACUGGCUUGUUGCCAUGGCACCAUUAGCAUCACACGGGACAUGGUUGACAGUGUGUGAAGACUACGCAUAUCAACUGGAAUCUGAUGGCGAAUACCACAAAGCUGUCACAUAUCUUGUGGCCUGCCAUCGGAUCUACGAAGCCAUUGAUCUGUUCAAACGUCACCGCUUGUUCAAAGAAGCUGUAACCUUUGCUAAGGUCCGUCUCUCCCCUGUUGACCCAGUGUUUGAGGACCUAUACAGUAUGUGGGCCCAACAACUGGCCAAGGAAGGGAAUUACGAACAAGCAGCAAAAUGCUACCUUGCAAUAAAGCAGGUGCAAGAUGCAAGUCGAUGCCUUACCAAACGUACAGAUCAUGUAUGUAUGCGUACAGCUGCUCACAUCAGUCUCUUGGCCAUGGAAAAACAGAACGGACUCUUGCUGGCUCAGCGUGUUAUCCAUCAAUACCUCCAGAAAAUGCAGUAUCAAGAAGCUUACAAUUUCACACAAGAACACAGCAACUUGAAGGUGUUUACUCUGGUUAUCAGCAUGCAUGAGCUAAUGAUGAGCGAACUCCUGACACUGAUGCCCAGUGUUGUGUAUGCCAAAGAUUCCUCCGUCUUUGUACUUCACAAAAGAAGGAUGACAUCAUUAACAGGAUCAAAAACACUGUUGCCAGAUUUCAUCCUGGAUAGCAAUGAUAUUGAUCCCCUGUGCCCUUGGAAGCCAUACCUCAUCAAUAAACACACAUUCUUCAAUCAUGUACUGCGUUCUUGGCACCAAUGUCUGGACGUCGAUCUUGAAAGCAGCAGUGUGGAAGAUAUGUACAAGAUUUUCAACACUCUUAUAUCUGGCAGACAAAGUUUUGUCAAUAUUGAUCAGCUUUUGAUGCAGAACUGCAUGGAUUUGACUUUGUGCAUGCUGUCUCUUCUGCAAGGUGAGACAACAGCAGCGAUUAAACAUUUGCUGCAAGCAAUGGUUAACCUCCAUGAUGCUAGUCAGUACCAAUUGCUGCAAAUCAUUUCUCAGCUGUGCCUUCCUCAAGGUCCGAAAUACCUGUUAAAACUACAACAAGAAGUGACCGCUGUUAGAGUAUUGAUAACAAUUGACAAAAGUGGUGAUGACUUAUCAAAGCUGGACACAACUCUUAAGAUGAACACUACCAAGCGAUACCUCUCCGAUCUGAAAGAUGACAAUCAGGUGUUCAAUUCCAGUCUCCGCUGCCGAGAAUUAGAUUGCGUACGAGCCUAUUACUACAUUGGUGUGCUUCGCUAUCUCUUCGACAGACAGCAGAGCCUGGAAUCUAAAACCAUUCCAUCACAACAGUCAGCAGUGUCAAAGAUGGUCCACACCCAGUCUCGGACGGAUGAAGAUAACAAUCCUUACACACUGUUCCAGCCGCUGCACGAGCUUGAAAGCAUGAACCAAACGCAAGAUAACAGUCCGGUCGAGAAGACCAACAACAACAACAGCAGUGGCAGCAACAACAACAACAACAUUGCUGAUAGUCACAGCGAUGGCAUCAACACAAAUCAGAAUAACAACAAACAGACCUCUAACAACCAGGAGUGUUGUUAUGAUAAUAGGGCAAGAACAGACUUCAAACUAACUUUCCAUAAAUUUAGAUACUUAUCCAAGUGUCUGUUGUGGGACAUACAGGGCAAACGAUUUGCUUUGACCGAGAAAUUAGGUUACAUUCACAGAGCAAUAUCUCAGUUACUUCUUGAACAGAAACCCAAAAAUGAUAAAACUGACAGUGGAACAAUCUUAUGUGAGAAGAAUGGAAAAAGUAAUUCUAACAAUGAAAAUUUUCAAAAAACUGAAGACAUACCUUCCCAGGAAAACGUGCGUCUUCAGACCCCUGAUCUCAUCCCUACUGGGCACGAGACCUCUAUUCCCAGUCCCUUACAGAGUGGAGCGAGUAGUCCCACAGAAAUUAAAGAGCUGCCCCUCCCCAUUAACGAGAUAUUAGUUGACGAGCCGUCAGCCCAUGUGCCGAAUGUAAGCCAUUGCUUGUCUCCUUGUCAGGAAGAUGAACCUUACAAGGCUGUAACAAAGCCACGGAAAGUUCUGUGGAAAGACGAGCUCCCGGCUAGCAAUCAUUUGUGUCCCCUUCACAGGAAGUAUGUCAAUGUUCCCGAUGUUUGGUAUGACUAUACAGUAGAUGAAAAAUACACAAAGCCAUACGUUACCAUGGCAAUUCUACAAGACGAACAGGAGUUAGUGAUGUCAGAACUGAAGCAAGGUCCAGAAAACCCUACACAGAUUCUUUUCCCUCGUCCACUGUCUUCUGCUCAACUAUUAUUGACAGUAAUUUGGAACUGUGAAGACUUUGACCGCCUUGAGAAGACACAGCUCAUUGAUGAAACUGUUUCCUGGGCACUAAAGUACUCGUUAACCAGUGCACAACAAAAGAUCUUCCACAAUUUAAAAGACCAAAUGAAAAUAUGACCAGAAAUACCUGGAGCACCUGGACAUGUAACACCUUGUCCCUAGAAUGGUUUAUGUCUGCCUGUCUUCAAACAUGGUAGCAAAAUGGAAGGUGAAAAAAUUAACACAAAUGAAAUAGUAUAAGAACAUGCCUAGAAAAUUCUGGGCCAUUCCAAAAAGAUAAUUAUGGGAAAAAAAACAACUAAAGAAACAAAAAAUUCAAAUCUACAUCCUUGUUCUUAAAAGACUGACGUACUGUAAUAUAUUCUGUGAAUAAAUUCUGUUGGCUUGAGA